AUGCUUCCCUCUCUCAUUAUCGGUGCUACUGCCCUCGCCGCAGUGGUCCGUGCUGACCCUUGGUCACUUCCCGAAGGAUAUCACCGAUACGCACCUCGAGCCGAAGGGUUCAACUGGGGUGAAUGUCCAGGAAACUUUACUGGGCGUGAAUGCUCGCGAUUCGAGGUUCCCCUUGACUGGGCAAAUCAUAGCGUUGGAAAGGCGACGCUUGCUGUUGCUAGGUACAAGGCUACAAAAGAACCUAAGCUCGGAACGCUCUUUGUGAAUCCUGGUGGUCCAAGCGGUAGCGGAGUAGAGCUCAUCCUAUCGUCAGGUGCCGAAAGAAUCUCAGAGAUGGCUGGUGAUCAAUAUGACGUCGUUAGUUGGGACCCCCGUGGUGUUGGUCUCACGGUUCCCCGCGCAGACUGCUUCAAGACUGGGACCGAAGAAAACGCGUUUUGGGAAGGAACCAUUCCACGCGCAGGGCUCGAAGCGCGGGGUAACUUCACCGAUCAGCGCGAUCUUGAUGCAUUUUAUGAGCAAGAGGACGAGGUCGAUGUACUGUUGGAGGAACUCGGCAAACGCUGUGUCGCAUAUAGCCCUGAUACAUUCCAGUACAUUGGAACCGCCGCCGCCGCACGCGAUAUGGUUGCCAUGCACGACGUUCUCGAGGGGCCAAAUAAGCCUGUUGACUAUUGGGGGCUUUCGUAUGGUACAGUAGUUGGUAUCUACUUUGUGAAUAUGUUCCCGGAUCGCGUUGGGCGCGUAGUACUUGAUGGAGUUGUUGACCCUGAGUACUGGGCGAACCGCCCUGCGCACGAGAUGUGGAGGAUCAAGACAGAAUCCACAGAUGAAGCACUUACGGGAUUCCUGACCGCUUGCGCCGCUGCUGGACCAUCGGGAUGUGCACUUGCGACCAAAAACUCCACCACAGAUAGCCUCCGGGAGCUAGUGCGUGACUUGAUUGAUGCUGCCUAUGACUACAAACGCGAGAAUGGCCCUAAUGCCCAAGUUGGAUCUGCAAUGAUUCGAAUGGCAAUCUACCGUGGGUUGUACACGCCAUCGCGAUGGCCUGCCAUGGCUGAAGAGGGUGCCAAAUACGUUGAAGCUUUCCGCAAUCUCUCACUGCUGUCGAAUUCGCCUCACAAACGCUCACUUCUCGAACCCUUGCUUGAUAUUGUUCGUCGACAGACUUCCAACAAUGGAACUUCUAACAAUGGAACUUCCAACAACGACCCUGCUCCCGACUAUUCGUUCCAAGGCGUAACUUGCGCGGACGCAGUCGAUGCGGGAAACACCACCACCAGGGACGUAUUUGACUUCUUGGUAAAAGUGACUCGUGAAGUCAGCCCAAUGUUCGGCCCGCAGUGGGGUGACGGUGGCUUAUACUGCCAUCGCUGGCCAGUUCGGGCUGUCGAGCGCUAUACUGGACCCUGGAAUAAGAAGCUCUCCAACCCUAUCCUCGUUAUUGGUAACGAGGCUGACCCCGUCACUCCUUAUAUCUCUGCGAAAAAGGUUGCCGAUGCACUGGGUGACUCGGCCAUUCUAAUCGAACAAGAUGAUUAUGGUCAUCUAUCGUUGGCCAUGCACUCGACCUGUACUAUCUCUGCUCUCCAAGAUUAUUUCCUUAACAACAAGCUUCCUAGCCAAGAUAAACUUUGCGGAACCAACCAGCAACUCUUCCCCGGACCUGGUGUUACAAAGAGCACAAUCUCCAAACUCAACGUCCAUAACUCAGCAACCGACCCAUCCUCGCUUGAAGAUGAACUGGACAAGGCUCGUGAACGCGGCGACAAGUUGUUUAUCCUCGUCAUUACACUCGCUGCCGCUUCCGGUCUUUUGCUCCUCGGUCUCAUCUUCUCGUGCAUCCGUGGCCGCCGUAAAUCGAAGGUUGCCCAUGCGACAUACAUUCCUCGUGGGGCAUUCGAGAAGGGUGGCGACGAGCAAGGGCAUAUAUAUGAUCCGUACGGCAAGGGCUCUGGGUCGAAGUCAGGCGGAUACGCACGUGUGGAGACGUGA